UGUGUUUUGAUACAUCGCUGUGUACUUUGUUAGUUGUCAUCCGUACUAAAAUUUAGACCGCAACGCGCAGCUGCAGUGCAGUAAAUUGCAACUUACAUCGUGAUAUAAUAUUCCAAAUAAUCCAUCAUUAAUGUUUAAUUCAAUAUCCUGUAAUACCGAGUGCUGCGUUAAACGUAUUGAUUUUUAGAAAGUACCUAGUUAUUGAGGACUAUGUUGACAGUUCAAAGGAUAUAGGUUCUCAGUGUGCCCUAAGCUCUAGUGUCAUUGAAGUUAAAAGUUAUGAUAUGUGUCAGUUGUGUUAAGAUGGAUUAUGGCGUUGAAGAAGGUACGAUACCAAGAGAGUUCAUAGAAUUCGACUUCGCUGAAGAUGCUCUGGAUUUUGAGUCUCAACUGGCAGAGGCACGAGAUGUUAAGUUUACACAGACCCUGACAGAGCCCCUGAGCAUUGGAUCACAUAUAAUAUGUACGGGCACGCCCAGCAACGAUUUACCUUGGUUUGCUGUGAAUAUAGGAAGCGGGGACAUUGACUCGGGACGUGGUGACAUAGCUGUACACUUCAACGUACGUCUUCCACAAAACUACGUGGUUCGAAAUACACGACGACACAAUAAAUGGGGACCUGAGGAAACUACUGCUUUCAGGCUGUUUCCUUUUAAAACAGAUCAUCCAUUCACGAUAGAGAUAGUUGUUGAUGAGAAGGAGACGUUAUGGGCAGUUGAUGGGAUACAGUAUUGCAGCUACGCUCAUAGAAACCCAAGUCCGUUGACAGCAGAAUGGGUGCAGGUUACAGGUAUACGAGACGCGACAUUACAAAUACAGAAGACUGACAUAUUCCCCACAUUAGCACCAUCUCCCAUCGAAGUGCCAAUAAGACCUAGCGUAGAUUCGCCGGCAGAAGCUUCAGAGCCUGCUUGGCAGCCAAACGCAAUCGCAUCUUUAUCGACAGGCAUUCCCGAAGGUCACCAACUUGUUAUUUACGGCAGACUACGGCCACUGCUUCACUCGUUCGCAAUAGAUUUGAUGGACACUGCCCGUGAAUGGCCUCGGCCAAACGUGCUGGCUCACGUCAAUGUGCGGGCUUACUUCGAAUCUCAGCGAGAGAGGCAGCUGGUAGUGCUGAACGCAUGGCUCGGAGAAUGGGGACCCGAACGACGGCAACGCACUGCUCGACUGAUCCCCGGUAGCCGUACAACGUUACGAAUUGUUCGUCAGCCGGCGGAUUGGGCGGUUUAUGCCGAUGACCUUCUGAUCGGUGAACUUGAAUUCCGCGCUGCAGCUAACGGCGUACGCGCAGUCCGCAUCCGCGGCGACCUCUACCCCGAGCAGAUGUACCUAUGUCCGGCCACUAGCUCCCCUAUUCGGGAUUAGUUAACGAACAUUUGUUGUUCCGUGCGACUUAAAUUCGGCUUGCAGAGAGUUUUUCAAAGCCUUCAUAGACUUACAAGUCAAGCUUGCACUAAAUAAAUCUUUGUCCUAACGAUUUGAUCGUGCGUGCCACGCUUGAAGCCGAAAUACUUAGUAUGUAAAAAGCGAAUGCAAUUCUUUGGAGUCAAUUAUUAUAAGUUGAGCCAUUGUUGUAUGUUUGCAUUUAUUAAACAUUAAAAUAUAUAUAAAUAUUGUUGAUUCUCUAUAAAGAGAUCUGUCUGAAUAUGAUUGAUAUUGACUAAACAUAGAAUAAGAUUUGAAAUUAUUUUUACCUGACCGUCAUAUAAUUAAAUACCAAAGUACAACAAAUUAUGGUCUAGCCGUUUUUGGUAUUAGGUCAGUAUAGUUUUAGAAAAAGUCGUAUUAAUUUAUUAUGUGAACUCAUUUUACCUGAGUUUCAUAUUAAAUGUUACUUAUUUUAUUACUGCCUUACUAGUAUUUACUCGUUAUAAAACUAGAUGAGAGUAUUUAAUAUUUACUUGUGCCUAUAAAACUAUUUGUUAAGACUAGAUCCACUUUAAGGUCAUUUAAUUUCAAUGUUGAGAUUUUGUAUUUAAAAAUUAUAAAAUGCCUAUUUUAAGUACUUUUUUUGUGUAAAUAAUCAAUUAAUCAUGCAACUUUCUUAAUACAUUGCAUUGCAUCACAUAAAUGACGACAAAUGUUAAGUUCUUGUUACGUUAAAUGUUGUAAUUGACCUAUCUGCUAGGUAUUUUUCAUAAGCACAUAAUAUAAAGAUACUUAAUUUGAUUUACAUCGAGUCAUUAUUUUAUUGUAAAUAAUGUCGUACGAUUAGUAAAUAUUAUUUAUUUUUGCGUAUUCCAGCCUAACUCUUUUUUUUUGUUUUCUGUAUUUAGAUACUUUACCUAGUAUCUAUGCACGUCUUACAAUUACUUGUAAUGUAAUAAAUAUUUAAAGAAUGUUACACAAA